AUGCCAACGACCUGUGUCGUCGACCGCACGUCUAUGGAAACCGAGAUUUCGCGGGUGUCACGGAAAAGAAACCCUGAUGGGCUUGAACUUCGAAUCAAACGUGAAGCGUUGAUAGCAGUCAAGUCGACGACACGAUCCAGUAGCAUUACACGAACGAAAAGUGUCAUCACCAGCCCCCCCAUUGCAAAAGUCAAGUACGAAAUCCUCGAAAACACAUCGACAACCGAUUCGUCAGAGGUUUCAAGCCAUGACACUGCACAGCGCCUGUUGAACAAGGUCAAUCUGGCUCAACGUAUCCAAAAUCGAUUCCAUCGCUUGAAUCAGACAUCGGAUGCACCAGCCCUGUGCAACGUAAGGGGCACACGACCCAAGGAGCGAAUGCCAAGAAGGGUGGCACAGUUGACGUAUCAGCCAACAGUGAACCACCGUGUGAAAGACGAGCGAGUGAGCCCAAACCCAUCGCCUGGGCUUGUGCUGCCGCAAGUUGUGGCUACUACCAACUCAAUUGAUGGAGGCCACAACCAGCGCAAACUAACUUCGCCGUCCCAGCAGUCAAGGCUAUGUAGCACUGACGGGAUUGAACAUCAAAUCGACCGUGCACCUCGGGGGUCGACCACGCCACCGAGUUUCGACAGUCAACAACGCAUUCAAAACAACAUCAAGUACGAAAUCCUCCCACCAAAGCCCCAAGACCCGUCGAAGUUGAACCACGAGGCUGCAGAUCGCUUGAUGCAAAAGCUCCAGUUCGCCCAACGGAUCCAAUCUCGUUUCCAUCGCUUGAGUCAGCAGCCAGUCAACGACGUGCGUCCUGAGAAGGCAGAACAACCCCCACUUGCACAGCAUUCUUUAUACACCAACACAACGUCGUUAUUGUCAAGAAUUAAGCGAAAAGCACAAGACAAAGUUGGCGAUAAGCGACAAGCCAAGCGGUUGCGAUUGGCAACAACCGUCGCUUCGAAUCGAUUGAAAUCUGCUUUGGCCAGCAAACGAGCCUGCCGAGUGUCGGCCACGUUGAACGCAAACAACCACCUGUUGUCGAAAUGGGAAGUAUUGUUGCACCAUCGACCCACCUCCUCCAUGGACAUUGCAGCGUGGCAUAUUCACGUUGCAGAAUGCAGGCACAUCAUCGAAACGGCGUUGGGGGCGCUAUCGUCGUCGGCUCGCGAAAUCGCCAUGAUGUCACCUGGUUGCAAACAACUUCAAAUCUAA